AUGAGUUCAUUGUUGAAACAACAUCAUGAUAUAAUAUCUGAUAUAACCUAUGUAAAGUCAAUUGCUUUUGAUAAACAAUUCUAUAUUACGAAACAACAAAAAGUAGGAUCAAUUAAACAUCGAUCACGUUUUUAUCUUGUUUCAAUAAUUGAAUCAAAAUUCAAUGAAUUAAAUGAAUAUUUACAAGAACGUCAAUAUAGAAUUGAUACAUUUAAUAAACUUUUAACAAAACGUUUAAGAGCUGAUUAUAAUCUUUCACUUGAUUCAUUUAAACUUUUACGUCAAUUAGGUGAAGGAGGUUAUGGAACAGUUUUUCUUGCUUAUCAUAUAGAUACAAAUGAAUAUGUUGCAUUAAAAGCAAUUAAAAAAUCUAUAUUAAUUGAAACAAAUGAACAAAAUACAAUUAUUUCUGAAAGGCAAUAUGCAUUUGCAUUACAUCAUCCAAAUAUUGUAAAUAAAAUUGAUAUAAGAUAUUUGGUCAGUAAAAUAGAUGAAAUGAUCAGUACUAAAGUUCAACUUAUAACAAGUUUUAAAGAUAAUGAAUAUGUUUAUUUAGUAUUUGAAUGGUUACAAGGUGGAGAUUUAUAUUCAUUAAUGAGUUAUCAACAAUUAACUGAACUUCAAGCAAAAUUUUAUUCAGCACAAAUCGUUAUGGCUCUUGAUUAUUUACACGGGUGCAAAGUUGUCUUUCGUGAUCUUAAACCUGAAAAUAUCGUAUUAACACAACGUGGUUAUAUUAAAUUAAUUGAUCUUGGUUUAGCAAAAAUUAUUCGUGGUUAUAGUAAAACAUUUUGUGGUACUCCACAUUAUAUUGGUAUUUAUCUUUUUCUUUUUCCAACUUCUAUACGUAAUUGA